AUGCCUCUCUCUCUUCGCAAGCCCUGUGCUUUUUCUCUAGUCCUCAUGGUUUCACAUACUCCUGCUUCGAAUUGGGAAGGCGGUUACUGGGUUUUGGACUUCUCGGUAGUUGCGCUUUCAGCUCCAGAAGAGCAUUCACUAAGCAUUACCUAUUUGAACAAGAAAAGCAUGAAAACCAACGAUUAUCUCAACAAUAAAAGAGAGGAUACUGAAAUUUGA